GCCCCCAACCUCGGCUGUAAAGAGCGGAAGCAGUGCCCGGUCUGUCCGGCCGGGACCGGAGCGGCGCUGGCGGGCGGCAGCCCCCGGAGCUGGGAGCGGCUCCAGCACAGGUGCUGCCGCAGCGUCCGGGCAGCGGGGACAGCGCGGGACUGAGCUGGCAGCGCCUUCCUGAGCCUCGGUGUCCCGCAGGGCCGGGACCAGCUGGGACCUGUCAUCAUGUCCCUUUCCAUGGGCCAUCCUCGUGGGUGUAUACCUGUUUCCGAGGCCGAUCUCCUAAAGGCUAUUUCAGCACUCCUGAUGUGUUGGGAGCAAGGGGCUGUUUGUUGCGAGCAGAGAGAUGCCGGCUGUGAGCUGGAGCAGAGAGAACUCUCCUCCAAUCAUGGGCUUCUGAAGGAGCUCCUGCACCGCCUGGAGGGACCAGCAGCCGGGCUGACACACUUGCCAGGGCUGCAAGAAGCCACUUUUCAUAAGAAAAUGGAUGCCACUUGUAAGUGUGCAGUGAGUGAAGAUGUGGAGAAUGGAAUCUGCAGCAGCGAUGACAGAGUGAGGGAGCCCCUGGAUCCCCAGGGCACAUCAGCAACCGGCCAUGGGCACAGAAGCCUCCUCAGCAAAUUGCCGGGCGAGUGGUUCAGCUGCCAUCCCGUGCUCACCCUGGUGCUGAUCCUGCUGGUGGUGGCGUUGGCGGUGGCCUUGGCUGUGCAGUCAGCACCACAGGUUCGACAGGUUCUGGGCUGUCCCCCUCGCUGGGUUGGAUACAAUGGAUUCUGCUACUACUUCUCCAGGUAUUACAGAACCUGGGAUCAGGCUCAAGAGCAGUGCUCGGAGCUCGGGGCCUCCCUGGCCAUUGUCAAGGAUGAGGCAAUGGAUUUGCUCUUCCGCCUCGGCGGGAACGGCGAUUACUGGGUGGGGCUGCGCAGAUGGGGCGAGCACCUGCAGUGGGGGGACGGCAGCAGCUUCAGCUCCUCGGUUCCUGUCCUUGGCAUUUCCAAGUGUGUGUACCUGGCUGAGGAGAAAUUCAGGAGUGAGAGCUGCUCGAAUCGUCAUCGGUAUCUCUGCAGCAAGCCCCGAGCUCCCCUGUAACAGGGGCUGGAGAAAGGAGCUUCUCCACGCUGGGCAGUCCCAGCUUCACCUCUCAGCCCAGUACAGGGCUGUCUUUUUUUUGUUCCUGAAACAAGCUAAUAUUUUGUACUGUCUUGUACAAUAGUAAAUAUUAUUUAUUCUUCA